UGGAAGCGAAGGGUGCAGCUGGGGUCCCUGCAACUUGGCGACGCGGCCUAGUACCCCCCGGCCCGCCAAUGCCUGAGAUUAAAGUCACGCCCCUGGGGGCCGGCCAGGACGUGGGCCGCAGCUGCAUCCUGGUGUCCAUUGCGGGCAAGAACGUCAUGCUGGACUGCGGCAUGCACAUGGGCUACAACGACGAUAGGCGCUUCCCCGAUUUCUCCUACAUCACCCAGAACGGACGGCUGACAGACUUCCUGGACUGCGUCAUUAUCAGUCACUUCCACUUGGACCACUGUGGAGCUCUGCCAUAUUUCAGCGAAAUGGUCGGCUAUGACGGACCCAUAUACAUGACGCACCCCACCAAGGCUAUCUGUCCCAUCCUGCUGGAAGACUACAGGAAAAUCACUGUGGAUAAGAAAGGCGAGACCAACUUCUUCACUUCCCAGAUGAUUAAGGAUUGCAUGAAGAAAGUGGUAGCUGUCCACCUUCACCAGACCGUCCAGGUGGAUGACGAGUUGGAAAUCAAGGCAUACUACGCUGGCCAUGUGCUGGGAGCAGCCAUGUUCCAGAUCAAAGUUGGCAGCGAGUCUGUGGCGUACACAGGGGAUUAUAAUAUGACGCCAGACAGACAUUUAGGUGCUGCUUGGAUUGAUAAGUGUCGCCCUGAUCUGUUGAUCUCAGAGUCCACCUAUGCCACAACUAUCAGAGACUCCAAGCGCUGUCGGGAACGAGACUUCCUGAAGAAGGUUCAUGAAACUGUGGAGAGAGGAGGGAAGGUCCUUAUCCCGGUGUUUGCUCUGGGACGUGCCCAAGAGCUCUGCAUCUUACUGGAGACUUUCUGGGAGAGAAUGAACCUGAAGGCCCCGAUUUAUUUCUCCACCGGUCUCACGGAAAAGGCCAAUCAUUACUACAAGCUCUUCAUCACGUGGACCAAUCAGAAGAUUCGCAAGACUUUUGUCCAGAGAAACAUGUUUGAAUUCAAACAUAUCAAGGCUUUUGACAGGGCCUUUGCUGACAACCCUGGGCCAAUGGUCGUAUUUGCAACUCCAGGCAUGCUACAUGCAGGACAGUCCCUACAGAUCUUCCGGAAAUGGGCAGGGAAUGAAAAGAACAUGGUCAUCAUGCCAGGCUACUGUGUGCAAGGAACUGUGGGCCACAAGAUCCUGAGUGGGCAGCGGAAGCUGGAAAUGGAAGGGAGGCAAAUACUGGAAGUGAAGAUGCAGGUGGAAUACAUGUCCUUCAGUGCCCACGCCGAUGCCAAGGGCAUCAUGCAGCUGAUCCGCCAGGCUGAGCCACGCAACGUGCUCCUGGUCCAUGGGGAGGCAAAGAAGAUGGAGUUCCUGAAGCAAAAAAUUGAACAGGAAUUUCAUGUGAACUGUUACAUGCCUGCGAACGGAGAAACUACUACGUUUUUCACCAACCCCAACAUCCCUGUGGACAUCUCCCUUGGACUGCUGAAAAGAGAGACUGCACUAGGUCCCCUCCCAGAUGCCAAGAAGCCAAAGCUCAUGCAUGGCACGCUGAUCAUGAAGGAUAAUAGCUUCCGUCUGGUCUCUCCUGAGCAGGCGCUAAAGGAGCUGGGCCUUGCAGAGCACCAGCUGCGCUUCACCUGUCGUGUCCACAUCCAGGACCCUCGCAAGGAGCACGAAACAGUGCUGCGGGUUUACAACCAUCUCAAGGGCAUCCUCAAGGAUUAUUCAGUUCAGCACCUCCCUGAUGGGUCUAUAAUGGUGGAGUCUAUUCUCAUCCAGGCCACAGCACAUUCAGAGGAUCAAGGAACCAAAGUUCUGCUGGUUUCCUGGACGUACCAGGAUGAAGAACUGGGGAGCUAUCUGACCUCCCUCCUGAAAAAGGGGCUGCCCCAGUCAACAGGCUGAGUGUCUGUAGCAAGGACGAAGAAGCUCCAGGUCUUUUCCAUCUUUUUUUUUGUACGUUGUCAGAAGGAUGAAGCAAGGGAGGAUGUAAAUAUGUAGCUUGUGUUUUUUAAAUAAAAAAAAUGAAGUCUU